AUGCCACCUAAAAAGGAUGAAGUUGACUUGAAUGCAUUACCACCACUCAAGCAUCUUUGUGUGGGAAUUCGAAUUGAAGCGGGAAAGGCUCGAGCUGCCAAGUUAGUGAGCUUACUCAAGGAAACCAAAUCAUUUCAGAAGAAUAUAACUAGAGAGGAGAUCAUCAACUUUUGCAAAGAGAAGUAGUUGUAUGUUGAUCCUGCCACUUUAACUGAUAAGCAAAAGAAAGUACACUUCUUAUUUUGAUAGUAGGAUUCUAAAUUCAUGGCAGAAGUAGCCACAGAACUUACAUCCGAAGUUAUGAAUAAGGGAUUUUAGAUGUUCAUUUAAGAUUAAGUCUUGUCCAUAAGGAAAGCCAAGUAUUAAGCAGCUCAAGCAUUGGCAGCAGAGAAAGCUGCUCCACCAAAGAAAGACGACAAGAAGGAUGCCAAGAAGGGAGCCAAAGAAGCAGCGGCAGUUGCACCAAUUCCUGAACCUGAAAAAGCUAUACCUGAGAAGGAAUACACUAAGAAUUUUGACAUCGUUUUUCUAGUGCAAGGCUUCCCUCAAGUACCACAAGAAUAGAUUGAAUUGAUCAUGCAUGUCAAGGAGAAAGUAAUUAAUUGGGGUGGAGUUGAUAUGAAUCUCUUGGAACAAGGAGAGGAUUUCCAAGAAGAAUUGGAGAAGCGAAUGGAAGAAUUCGUACAACCAGUUACAAUUAAGAGAUCCUAUUCAGAAGAGUCUCUACAUUACACUGCGGCAGAAAGGGCAGUCAUUGAAGAAAUCAAAAAACAAAGAAAUGGUUCCCAAAAGACAGAUCCACUUAGAUAACUUACAAUUAAGGAAUUGAUCUUGGAAAUGGAUUUGGAAGUGGAGGAAGAAACACUCAAAUAAUUCCAUGAAUAAUUGAUUGAGGAGAUCUGCCAAUUUAGUGUCGAUCAAUAGCAAUUCAAUGAAUGGAUUGUGAAUAAGAAACCAAUUCCUUUGAUUACCAAGGAAGCGCCCAAAGAUCCAUUCGAUUUAGAAGUUGAGCGUAUUAAGCAUGAGGCUCAUUAAGCAGAGGAGCAACAGAAGGCUGCAGAAGAGGCAGCUGCUGCAGAGAAGAACAAAAAGGGAGCCAAGAAGGAGGCUAAGAAAACUGAUGCUGAAUUAGAGGCUGAGAGACUUGCUGAGAUAGAGAAGAACAAAUAAAAUGAAUUGAGAAAACUAUAAAUUGAAGAGGCUUUGGAAUAACAAUAGAAAAUGAAAGCCAAAUUACAUUUAUAAUAUUAUAAGCGAUAAUUAUCUGAUGUGCAAUUGUCAAAAGUAGGACCUUGCAUCCUAUUAGAAUGUUUAUUAGAUUAGUUAUCUGCUGAGGCUGCUUAUAUUUAAAGUUCUAAAGUGCCACCAUGUUUGGAGGACUAAGAGGAUGCUGAAUAAGUGAAUAGACUGUUGGCAAAUCAAAGGAAGGAGUAAUAAUAAGUAGAGAAUGCCAAAUAAUUGAUAUUAGAUGAAUGUGAUUGGAUUGAAGUAAGAGGACAUUUUGGUUAAUUGCAUGAUUAAUAAUUUAUUGUCGAGAGAGAACAUAAGAUCUUUGACAAUUUAUGUUUCCCAGGCAUUGAUAGACAAGGCAUGCCUGAAAUUGCAGAGAAAUCAGAGAAACUACGUAAGGCUAAUAAGGCUAAGUUGCAUCCAUUUAUUAAUGUAGAUGUAAGUGAAUUUGAAAGAAGACAACUCCUUUUGUCUUUUGAAGAAUUACUCAAAGAAAAUGAACCCGAGUAAGACUGGUAUUUGGGUGAUCGUGUCUAUUUAGAGAGACAUAAUAAAAACACUCUGAAAUAACAAUUUUAUGAAGCAUUAUUACAUGAUCCUCAAGUAGUUCUAAAAUAUUUACCUGAUGAUGAUGCUCUUAUGGUUUGUUGUUAUUAUAAGAAUCCUCCUGGUAGAACACUAAGAAAGAAGUGGUCAGCUGAAUGGAGAGUUCUACCUAAUUUGGAAUACUUUAUCCAAGUUCGUAAUUUUAAUAGUGAAUACUAUUAUGAUAUCGAUUACUAAUAAAUUGGGGCUAUUACUGAGAGAUCAAAAAUCAUGUAUCCCACUGAUAAUUCAUUAAUAAUUGCCACCAAAUUUACUGUAGGAGAGGUAGAACGAAUAAGAUACAGAGUUAUUAAAGAGAAUGUGGUUUUUGGAAUACAAGGAGGCUUUUAUGCCUAAUUCAGAGAUUUGAGAAUGAGUGCCUAAGAUCAGAUAAUGAAUUUGACAUUUAAGAAUGGCCUUUGCUUAAGGUUUACUCAGAAGGGAGAAGUAGUUUAAUAAUAUCUAUAUCAAAAACCAUAAGAAUAGACUCAGACAUUGCUAAAUUUAUAUGACAAUGCUGAAAUCAACCACGAAUUAGAAAUUAAAAGAGUGAUUACAGGAUAAGGAACAGUAAUAGUGUAUAAGAAAGAUGGAUCAAUCAUAGUGUUAUAUGCCAAUGGUAAUGUCUCUAUGUACAAAAAUGACAUGUGGAUAACGACUAAUAAUAAGGGAGUUAGAAAAUCAUAGAAGGGAAUAGAAAAGAUCCCAUGUGCAACCAAAAAUGAUCCUGAGAGUGGUGCCAAAGUGUAUAUUCGAGAUGAUCAAACUCUCAUCAUUUAUUACAAGGAUGGAUCUCAGUAUACUCAACAUUACGAUGGAACCAUAAUGCUAAUAAAAGGAGAUAAGGUUAUUGUAGAACAUCCUAAUUUUGCUAGCGUUGUGGUCACAAUUGAUAAGGUCAAAUAGAGAACUGGAACUAUCAUUGGAAUGGGUAGUGCUUAUGCAAAUGUGGGUUUCGACAAUAUCUUCGAAAGAAGUAACGACGGUAGAGUUGUGGAAACCUUUUACCAAGGGUGCAAGGUGAUCUCUUAUAUCGAGAAAUAAGAACUACCAGAGUACAAGUAGUACAAGACUAAUCGAAUUCAUUUGAUGUACACUCAUGAUGGGAGUGUUGCUAAGGUAGUUGAUGAUGGGGAAAUUGUCAUAGUCACUGCUGAAGAGAGGGUCAGACUCAAUAAUAAAGGAGAGAAGAAGCAAUUGGGACAAGACAUCGACUAUUGGUUGUAAUUGUUUUCAGUUUCCGAUGAACGUAAAGCUGGAGUUUAUACAAUUGAUUUGACUAGAAAAUGCAUCUUUACAAAAGACGAGGAAUCCAAUUAUUUCUAAAUUGAUGAGGAUGGAAAUGUUACAUCUAAGAUUUCAGUCUCCUUAAAUCAAGAACCCUCCACUCCUGAUUACAUUCCGGAUGGCCUAUUUGUAGAUGAAGAAAACAAAGUACUUCCACCGCCAAAGUCAUGGGUUCCUCCCAGGUUAUUUUUAGUUAAAAAUGAUAAUACAGGUGUUGAAUUAUUCAAUCAAACUCAAUUACAGGAUUACUUCAGACUUAAGUCAGAAAACCCAUUCUGCACUAAAUUAAUUGAUGAAUUACCAAACAAUGUUAAGUCUAUUUCAUUCAUCACUGAGUUGAAGAAUUAGACCAAAAAGUUCAUUGAAGUCAAAAUACCAUAAACACUAGAUAUUGUACCCAAAACAGUUCAAAAAACUACGAUUAUUCCUCAUAAAGUCUUUACUUAUCGCAAUUUCUUGGAGUAUCUUCCAUUUGAUAAAGAUCAAAGAGCUCUUCAUGAGUAAUCAUUGCAAAAGUAUGAAGUCUGGCAAAAGGCUAUGUAGAAAGCUUAGAAUGAAUUUGGAGUAAUACAAAAAUCAGAAGAUGAAAGAGAUGCUGAGUUUAUUAUUUAAAUGAAGAUCCUGGAAAGCAGAAGAACAGAUUAUUCGUAUGAAUCCUACGAUUAAGCCAAAAGCAAGAUCACCUUGCCUGAUACAGCAUCCAAUAUAAUUGAACCCCUCGAAUAAACCCUGGUUAGAACAGCCAAAGUACAAUAAGUUGUCUAAUAAGCCUUUGUUGAUGUUCAUAGGAAAGUGCAAACUAUUUAGAUCUAAAAGUCUAUGAAACCAUCCACUGAAGCCAAAGGGUUUGUCUAAAAUUACUUCGAUACAAAGGAAGGACAUGAAUACUUGAAAACAGCUCCUGAAGAUCCUCCAAUCAAAAAACCAAGAGAGCGUAUAGUCUAACCUAAAGAAGAACAUAAACAUUAAAAUUAACAGCAAUAGAAUUAACAAGAAACUUAAAAGACUAUGCCAGAUGGAAUCAUUCCUUUAGAAUAGCCUUACUUGCCUUCCCCACAAUAUAACGAUACAAAUAAUCUUACAAAAGUGAUUAUUAAGCCUUCAGUUUUCACUCAAGCAGAAAUUGACGACGAGGUUAAAUAGAGGAAACAACUCGAUGAGUCGCUUAGAUAUAGAUAAGUAAAGAAGAAGGAUUAUGAUGUCUAUGGAAAAGAGAGAAAGGACUUAAAGUUGGUGCCAUGUCUUCUUAAGACAAAUCCAAAAUCUGAAUUGAAUCAGAAGUACAUUCUAACAGACGCUUCAACAGACAAUAGAAUUAAGAUUAGUUCAAUGGCAACUCGAGUUUAUUAAUAGGCUGUUCCCAUCAGUCAAAUUAGAAAUGAAGGCAUGCAUCAAACCAUCAUAAGGACCUUGGACAAAAAGAAUAAUUUGGAUGAUCUAAUUGAUAAAAAGAAUCUCAUGGUCACGAGUGACAUCAAUGAUAGAUUGAAGAAGGAUCUAUUGAUUUAUCCUGUAAAUGUUCAGUUUGGGGAACUUAAACAAGGAGGAUAAUAUGAAGUCAAAAUCUCAGUCAAGAAUGAGGAUAUCAUGGCUUAACGUAUAGUUUUAAAGUAACCAUUGAAUACCAAUAUCAAAGGAGUGAUGAAGUAGAUGGGCUCGGUAAUUUAAUAUAUUUAUUCUCUAGAUAUCCCUCGGUUUAGUCAGAGAGGUAUUUGUUCACAUCAAUGCAGAAAGAGUUGGCUAAUUCUCUGAUGAACUCUAAAUCAUGUCGAAACAUUCCAUCUAUACAAUACCAAUCACUGGCAAUGUACUUGAGUCGAGCAUGUUUGAUAAAGUCAACUCGGAAUAGAUCAAACUCACCAAUAAACCUCUCUUAAGGAAGUAUGUUAAAGACUUGAAAGCUGUAUGAUAUUUUAGUUAUAAUAUUCAGUCCAAACAACAGGACAUAAUUGGAGAUAGCCAGGAUUCCGACCUGCUGCCGAAGAUAAACUAUGACAAGAAUGUCAAGAUCGAUGCUUUUUAAAAUCAGAAGAAGGAGGAGUAAUCAUAUGAGGAGGAGAAUUGA